CGCCUGGUAACCCGCAGAAAAGCCUCAGUGCGUGCUGAGGGAGGGCCCCUGAGGAAGGCGGUGCUCGGACGCGGGGCGGGGUUCUUGGUGUGGCUCCAGGCGGCUGUGGGGCCGAACUGUGAAAUUUAGGGGGGUUUUAUUCCCCGUGUAGCUGAGGAUGCCUUGGACCGCAGUUGUUGGCAUGUCGGAGAUGUCUGUUGAGGGAUCCAAGGAUUAGAUCAGCGAUGGGGCUCCCACGCAGAAAAUGCUGUGUUUUCCCACUGAGCACAGCUGUAACUCCGUGAAGCGUUAGAGUAGUAAGGUGGCUUGAGCUGAGAUACGUGUCUUUUAGCUAACAGGUAUCAUAGGUUGGAUGCUUUGUCAGGGGUAGGAGGUCCCAGAGGUCCCUCUCUACCUCCCAACAGGUAUUCCCGGGAUUUGGCCAGCGUUGUGUCCCUCAGCUGGGGUCCAAGGCAGGGGACACCACACACGGCCGGGGGCCGAUUCCUCCCCCAAACUGCUGGCAUCAGUCACACCUCAUAGAAAAUUUGUCUUUCAGGUCUGCGGCGUUUCUGUUUUAAGAUUCUCCCGUAUCUUAGUUAGUGUCUUUUGAUGGAGAGACGUCCAGCUCCCAUCUGAUUUACUCCCAUGAGUGAAUCAUGAAGCAUUUGACGCAGGAGUCCAUACAGUGCAUGAAUGCCUCAAAGCCUGCCUCUGAACACGUGCACAUGAUAUUAACAUCGGUUCAUCUUCAGCAGCACACCUUUUCUCCUGCUCCUCUUGUUUUCCAGUUGGUGGAAAAACAAUUCAUUGGAUCCUUUUACCACGUUUGAAAGGCAAACUCCCUUUGCAAUGUAAAUAACAAAAAUAAAGAUAAAAUCCCUUUGUAGCUGUUCCUAGAAAAGUUUCAGUGCUGCUUGUACUGCAUAACACUGUACUUCCUCUCCCCCCCACCCAAGUAACCACAUUUUUACUUUGUCUUUUAUGUUUCAAGAGUAGCUGUCUUUAGAAGGAUGUUGAGGCAGAGAAACGUCCUGUAAUUGUUGUAUCAGCUGCAUACACCCUGCAGGGCUGUGAUGCUUAAGGGUGUUGACUGCAAUCCCUCAGCAGGACCUGGCUGUGUCAGGAGGAAAUCUGUGUUUGUUCCAUUCCUCCAUGUGUGCUCAUAUCCUUGGGACAGGUGCUGAGUGUGCAGUCUGUGUUCUCCAGCAGAUACCUUGGACUGAAUCAGUGGGAAAGUCAGCAGAUACCUUGGACUGGAUCAAUGGGAAAGCCAGCACUGCCAGGAUUCUUUGCCUUUCAGUCUUCCCUGAAUCUUUCCACCAUGAAACAGCUGCCUGGAGAGACAAUUCGGCUCCUUUCAAGUUCUCAGGUGAUUACUUCAGUUGUCAGUGUGGUAAAGGAGCUGAUAGAAAAUUCCUUGGAUGCCAGUGCUACAGGCAUUGAUAUUAAACUGGAGAAUUAUGGGUUUAGCAAAAUAGAAGUAAGAGACAAUGGCAGUGGAAUUAAGGUUGAUGAUGUUCCAGUUAUGGCAAUUAAACACUACACCUCAAAAAUCAGCUCUUCUGAGGACCUUGAAAGGCUGACAACAUAUGGUUUCCGCGGGGAAGCUUUGGGCUCGAUUUGCAGCAUAUCAGAAGUUUUGGUCACAACAAAGACAGCUGCUGAUGAUUUCAGCAUUCAGUAUGCUUUGGAUAGCAAUGGACAUGUAACCUCUCAAAAGCCUUCCCAUCUUGGGCAAGGUACUACAGUAACAGUCCUAAAUUUGUUUAAGAAUCUUCCUGUAAGAAAGCAGUUUUACUCAACAAACAGAAAAUGUAAGGAAGAACUGAAAAAAGUCCAAGAUCUACUGACAGCAUAUGGUAUCAUAAAACCAGACCUGAGGAUAACAUUAACACAUAAUAAGGCAGUUAUUUGGCAGAAGACCAGGGUAUCAGAUCACAAAAUGGCCUGUAUGUCAGUUCUGGGAACAGCCGUUAUGAGCAGUAUGGUACCUUUUCAACACUGCUGCGAAUAUCCUGAGAUAAAUCUUUCUGGUUUUCUCCCAAAAGCUGAGUCAGACGCUUCUUUGACAAGCCUUUCAAGUUCAGAAAGGAGUUUCAUAUUUAUAAACAAUCGUCCAGUUCUUCAGAAGGAAAUACUGAAGUUAAUUCGACAGUACUACAGUCAGGUGACACAAAAGGAAUGUACUCGCUUAUAUCCUGUUUUCUUUUUGAGUAUUACUGUACCUGCCUCUGCUGUGGAUGUGAAUAUAACACCUGAUAAAACACAAGUUUUGCUGCAUUAUAAGGAAUCUGUCUUACUUGCAGUUGAAAAUGUGUUGAAAUCACUGUAUGGGCCAUUACCUGCUGCAGUCCCUGGUGAAAGUAAUAAAACAGAUGUUACCUCAGAAGACAUGUUUGUUCAUAGAACAGACCAAACAGAUGUGGCUGUUAAUGAAAUGGGACCAUCUGGAAAUGAUGAGCUACAUGCUCAUACUUCAUUCCUUUCACUCAGCAGUGAUGUGCAAAACUGUCAAGCAGGAAAAAACACAGAGAUCUGCUUAAAUCAUCAGACAUUUAGUGGUGAUAAUGUAUACAGUUGCUUGGACAAAAGAGAGGUUUCUAAGAGUGAUACCUUUUCAGACAGUUCCUCAAAUUUAUUGUGUGAGGAAGAAAAGAAUGGACAGAAUAUGGCUGAUAUUCAAAGUAAUAGUGUUCCUGUGGACCCUGAAUCUAAAAAAGCCAGUGAGCACCUUUUGAGUUCUGAUAAUACUGACAAAAUAGAUAAAAAUGAGGAAAUCUUAGUCCCUAAGGAUUUACCUGAAAUCUCUGCUGAUAGUUGGAGUAUGGGAAGUGCAUUUAAAGACAUUCUGGGAGACAAGCUGGAACCUGUUAAGAUCUUGAUUCCUGAAGUUGGAGGGACAACUAAUAAGCAAAAUGAAUACACUGGUGAAAAAAGCAGUGAUCCACAAAGCUCAAAUCAAAGCAUAAAGAAAAAAAAUGUAAUAAGUGAAAAAUUUGGACAUGUGACAGCUUAUGACUUAAUUAACAGCAAAAUAAUAAAGAAACCAAAGUCUGCAUUUGAAUUUUUCACACAUGAGUGUCGUCCAAAAUUGAUAGAUGAUAAUCCAAAGACCAGCAUGAAUGACAUCCUGCUGACAAUUGAAGAGCAGUGGAAGAAUUUGAAUGAAGAGGAAAAACAGAAUUACGAAAUAAAAGCCACUAAGGACCAGGAACGGUACAACAGAGAGGUCAAGAAAGCCAAUGCACAGCCAAUGCACCAACCAGCAAAGGAGGCAGAAAAACACAAACGCAAGUUAAAGAGUUCUGCAUCUGACCAGCAGAAGCUUGACAAGAUAUUUCAUAACCAGAUUGAAAAGAAGGGGAAACUGGAACAGCCUGUGAAAAUUGUGACAGUGCCUUUUGCUCUGAGUUCCUGUAGACGUCACCUUCAGAGGCCAGAGAGAAAUGUUUCAGAUGAACACGAGCUUUUCCUGAUCCGUCGUCAGAGUUUUCCUGAUGUCUGGAUACUUGCUACUGAAAAAAAUGUCAAGUUGCUGAAUCCAUAUAGAUUGGAAGAGGCCCUGCUAUGUAAGAGAUUAUUGGUGAACCAUAAGCUUCCUGUAGAGAAACUGGACACUCCAAUUGUGUUAACAGACAGUCUUAUUGGUGGAGCUCAGUAUAUGGCUGCUCUUUAUAAAAUGCAGAAGAAUUACCAGAGUUUCCAUGGAUCAGGUUAUUUGUCAGAUCCAAGGCUUGUAGCAAAUGGAUUCCAGAUAAAAGUGAUAGAAGGUGUUUCGGCUACAGAAAGUCAUCUGGAAAUAGAAGGGAUGGCAAAUUGUCUGCCAUAUUAUGGAAUUUCUGAUUUGAAAGAAAUUCUGAAUGCAGUAGUUAACAGAAAUGCAAAGGAAGUAUGUGAAUGUAGGCCUCUCAAAGUGAUAAAUUACUUGGAGGGAGAAGCAGUACGUUUAGCUCGGCAGCUGCCCUUACAUUUGUCAAAAGAAGAUGUGCAAAACACAAUUUACAGGAUGAAGCAACAGCUUGGAAAGGAAAAUAAAGGCUGUGUUCAUGGUCGUCCUUUUUUUCAUCACUUAACAGAUAUUCCAGAAGUUGACAAGCACAACUCCAUGGAAAUUAUUCAGUAAAUGGAACAUUUUGUUUGAGGUCAUACUUCUCUUGCUUAAUUUUGAUCACUACUCUGUAAUUUCAGUAUGUUUUGUGCAAAGCUUUUGUUUAAUGACUUUUCAUUGUGCAUGUUCACCUCCUAAAGACUUUAUUUAAAUAAAAAUGCUACUUGAAAACAGAAAAAAAUACUGUAAAAAAACAACUCACCACUGUUUUUUUAAAAAUACUUUAUUAAAGAAAUGUUCUCAA